AGUGCGUUUUAUACAUGAAUUUGCGCAAAACUUAAAUAGAAAACGGUGCAGCGCGCCAGCAGCAGCAGCGGCAGCCAGAGAUGACAACAACAACAACAACGGCAACAUAAAUAACAACAACAACAACGACAACUUUGACGGCAAAAACGAGUCGAAAAAUAUUCAUUUGACCAACCCCUGCAUCGAGCAGUCUUUGGAAUUGUUUAACGCCCCGUAACGAAUAACGAAUUUGAAAUUGUACUCCAUAUCGAAAACGUAUAUGAACCCAGCAAGUAUGAGGUCGUCUGUCUUAUCAGCGAAGUGCAAUCGAGGCGCAUCUUUGCCAACUUUAUUGCUCUGUUUGCUGCUGAUCGCGGCGGCGGUAAACGCUGAGCGGGAUUUCAAUGUGAACGACUCUCAGGUGCCCGUCAUAGAGCCGAAAGAUGCGCCCGCCUACCAGCAAGAUCCAUAUGUGACAGAGCUAAUGCGUUGCCAGCAGACACAGCCGGAGAUUGUGCUCUCGCUGCUGCUGCGGAAGCAUGACUGGAGCGAACUGAGCCUGGCCAAGCGCGCGCAUGUUCAAGCCAAAUUGGCCAAGUUCUUUGCCAUACCCAAGGAAUUUAUUACGCUGGAUUCGGUCUCGAAGCGGGAACUGGGCAACAUGCACAAGCUGGCCAUGCGUAAGGGCGGCAAGGGUCAAAAGCAUGUGGAAGCUGCGAAUCGUCGUUUGGGUCGCGCCAGUUUUAUGAUUGGCUGUGGCUCGAGUUACUUCAGCAUGGGAGAGCCAAUAGCCAAACAGAUACCCCACCAAAUCAAGGAUGGCACCAUUGGCGCCUUAACGGAGGAGAAUUUUGGCCUGUGGUUUAUAUGGCGCAAGGAAUUGAAGUCCAGAUCCCAACGAAAGCGACGUCAGUCGGAGGGCAGCGGCGACGAGGAUGACUACGACUAUGGCGAGGAUGACGAAGAUCAGGCCGCUGAACUAGUUACGGUUGUGCCCACAUCGCAUGCGCAUCGACAUCACCAUGGCGCGGCAGGAGAUGCUGUCGACGCCCUCGAAGCCGCCAGCAAUAGCAGCGUGCCCAACCUCACCAGCAACGAGCUGGCAACGGCAGCGUCGACGACGACGACCCGACAGCCGCAGCUGGAGGUGAGCAGCUCGACGGAUGCGUCCACGGAUUAUGUGGAGCCGCGGCAGGAGAAUAGCGUGCCCAUCAUUAAAAUGCGUCUGCAGAAGUUGGCUGUGCCGUCGGGCAAGGCGUUUAGUUUUGUUGUGCCCACGGAAACGUUCUUCGAUGCCGAGGAUCAAACCAAUCUGCGCCUGGAGCUAACCGAUAAGGAUGGCCACGAGCUGAAGCCCACAUCCUGGCUGCAAUUCAAUGCCGAUAAACGCGAGCUCUACGGCCUCCCACUGGACGAUGCCGUGUCGCGCUGGCAGUAUCGCCUGUCGGCCACAGAUUCCGGCAAUGCCAGCGUCACGGAGACUGUGGAGAUCAGUGUGCAGCAGCAUCGUGCGGUGCGCACCAUUAAUCAUGAGAUCAGCAUUGCGGUGCGCAUCAAUGAGAAACACGGCCACAACAUCGAUUGGCAGCUGGAGCUUAUAAAGGCCAUUGCGCACACGCUGGAGGAUGGCAGCAGCUCGGCGCUGGUGGUGCGCGAGAUACGACAGACGCUGCAGGACCCACAAAGCGCCAGCUUCGUGUACUUCAAUGAGACGCUGCCCACCAGCGAUUGUCCCGAAACGGAGCUGAAUGAGCUGGUGCAGCGCUUGGAUGUGCAGCGCUUGAACAAUCUCGUGCAGCCGUUGCUGAGCAUCAAGUCUGUGAUGGGUCAGCUAAUUGGCGCCUGCCAAAAGACUGAGCUGGCCAAGAUUAAGCCCACAACGCACAUGGCCAAGAAUUUGCCGCCCAUGCCGCGCAAUCAGGUGGAUCGUGUGAACGCGUCCGUUGGCCAGCUGCUCGUUUACAAGGUGCCCAGCGAUACGUUCUACGAUCCCAACGACAAUGAGUUGACGCUCACGCUGAAAACCAAGGAGCACAAGGAGCUCAGCACACGCCACUGGCUGCAGUUCGAUUCGAAGAAUCAGGAAUUCUAUGGCAUACCCAAGAGCGGCGACAUUGGCACCGAGGAGUAUCUACUCAUUGCCGAGGACAGCGGCGGCCUGAGUGCCAACGAUGCACUCGUCGUUGUCGUCACCCAUACGCCCAAAAAAGAAUACGCGAUACUGUACAAGGCGUAUCUGGCCAUACGCCACGAGAGCUUCAAUGCGGAACUGCAGCGUAAGUUUGUGGAGCGCAUUGCCCAGCUGCACGGCGAUGCCAAUACCAAUCAGAUUGUGGUGCGCUCCAUUACCACGCACCAUGACUCGGAUGGGACAAUUGUCAACUUUUACAAUGCUUCGCUUUACAAGACGCACAAUCGCUGUCCCGACAAGGAGAUGGCCGCCACACGCAACAUCUAUCUGAGCAGCGAUAUGAUGCCCAGUCUUAGCGUAAAGAAAGCCCUCGGACCGGAGCUAAAUCUGACCAGCUUUACGGUGGUGCCCUCCGGAUCCUGCCAUCAUGCGGAGAACAGCGACAUCAGCCAGCACGAGUACAUACCACCACGCAGCAAGGAGCCGAGCUUAAAGCCAACCUUUCCCGAUGAGUAUUUCGCCACCUUUAUACUGCCCGCUGUUAUAAUUGUGGUCAUGAUAUUGCUUGCGUCCAUCAUAGCCUGCUGUUUGCAUAGACGCCGCCACAAGAGCGGCAAAAUGGAGUUGGGCGAUGAGGAGGAGCGUAAAUCGUUCCGGACCAAGGGCAUACCUGUUAUCUUUCAGGACGAGUUCGAGGAAAAGCCCGAAAUAGGCAACAAGAGUCCAGUCAUACUUAAGGACGAGAAGCCCCCGCUUUUGCCGCCCUCGUACAACACCUCCAAUAUGAAUGGCGACAACGAUGUGGAUGAGUAUGUGCCACCGCCGGCUGUGGUGCUGGGCGGACGCGAGGUGCGAGGGAAAUCACCGGCAACGCCCUCAUAUCGCAAGCCACCGCCAUAUGUAUCGCCAUAAAUGUGUCAACGGCAGCAAAAGCAGCAGCAGCAGCAACAACAACAAUAAGAGCAGCAACAGCAACAAUAAUCACUAUUAAUCAAUUCUUAACAAACACAAAAAUGUAAAACAAUUUACAAUCUUAAUCAAAGAUAUCUUUCGCACCCUCGAUAUCAACAUUAUCAACGUUAACUCAAAAGUUGUUCUGAAUUUGAAUAGAGGUGCAAGUCGACAGCCCCGCCCACAAUUAUGAUAAUAUUUAUGAAACGGUAUUAUGUACGGACACAACUGUAAAACAAUCAAUUAACGAUUUCAAUACGCGACUUGGCUAACAACUUAAGCUAAAACUAAAAAAAAAAAACUAAACAUUUAAGUAAAACUAACUAUGCUGCAUAUAAUUUAUCUAGUAUGUACCUUAACUUAUAUGUACACACACACAGACACGCACUCACACACACACACUACACACACACACUUUAGUAAGCAAGCGAAAGAGCUUGAAAAACACACACACACACACACGCGAACCUUUUUAUAGGAUAGCAUUUAAAGCACGUUAAAACGCGGCCAGCCGCCGUUUGACCCAUGCCCUUUGCCCAGCCUCGACCCUUAUGUAUCGAACUAUUUAUUAUUGUUAAUUAAUGUGCAGCCUACAGACGUUCGGCUUGAGCUAUUUAAGCCGAAUUGUUUAGCCCCUCUUUUUUGGCCAGUACCGUCCGAAAUGUACCAAGAAUAGCUCACCUAAAGAAUUCUCUCCCCCUUCAAAAGCUGGCCGCUGCCCAGACCAAUUCUAUUUUUCUUUGAGGGGGCCAACACUUUAGCCACAUUCUAUAUGCAGUUCGAACUUGUUGGCCGUCUAGUAUUUUAUCAUAUCAUAUAUAUAUUUAUAAUUGCAGUCACUUGAGCAGGGGGCAUCUUGCUUCAAUUUUGCAUUUAGUUUUUAAGAAGCAAUCGUUUUUAUAAUGGUUAACUUUUUAAAUUUAUGCUAUACUCGAUACAGCUGCCAAUUGAAUAGUGAGUACGUUCACACAAUUCAUUUAUAAACAAACAAACAAACAAACAACUACAAAUCAAAAUAAUAGUACAUAUUCCGAAUUCCUAUAGUUGCCCCACAAGUGCUUCCUCCAUACCACCAAAAUCAAACCCAAAACGUAAUGAUCUACAACAACAAAACACACACGCCCACACGAAACACACACACAAAGUAUAUCAAAUCAUUACUUAAAGUAGUCCCCUUAGUUAUUAAUUGAUUUUACAAACCCUAUAUGAUUAGAAUUUACACGUAUUUAUACACAUAUAUAUAUAUAUAUACUUAAACUUAAAAUUACUUGAGGAGGAACCAUUUGAAUUGUACUAAAAACUGCAUAUUUUAGCUAUCUAGUGAGUAUGUCCAUUGAUUUUUAUAUACGAGAGCGUCAUCUAUGUAAGUUAGAGCAAUAUUUUGUCUGAGAAAAACAAAUGAAUGAAAAAAAACAUUAUGAGAAACAAAUUACUUAAUGAACAAAACAAAUGCAAAACAAAAAAAAAAGAAGGAAAGUUAAAGUAAAUGCGACCGCAAUGCGGCGUAAAGCCUAUUAAAUUAAGCAUAUAUGUACGAUUAUGUGUACUAAAUUGAGUAAAUUGUAUAAGCUCAUUAAGCCUAAAAUAUUUACACUGUAUUUUGUAACAACAACAACAACACACACAACAAUAACGGUAUCAAUUUAUUUUGAAUAAAAAAUGCCAAAGAUACAUUUUUAUUCUUAAGUUUAAUGUUAAUUUGAGCACAUUAAUUGCAAAUGUGCAUUAAAUUGGAUAGUUACUACUUUUAUGUAGUAUACAUUGUGAAUUUGUGAAAUCUUGUAACGUCACGUUAGCAGCAGACGUUAUCAACUAAGUAUUCCCAGAUUGUAAUUAACAAUUGCCCGAAGGCUAAGUAAUUCAAAAAUGAUCCCUAAAAAAAAGGACAACCAACUUAAUAAGCCAAUAAAGUGUUUUUUGGCAUGGCCGGGUUGCUAAAACAUUUAUAAAAGUAGAAUUCUCAUACCCUAAUUUCAUGCGCAGCCAACUAAUAGGCCCCCAAAUUGCCUGAUGGAGUUGCCAGAUUGCUGAGAAGCUUAAAGAGCUUGCGUUUAUUUCAAGGUUCGUUGGUGUGAAAAACACACACACACACACCCACUCAGACACGCGCCCACACACAGACACACCACAAGUAAGUACACAAACUGAUAACUAAAUACACAAAUUGUUUUUAAUUGAACCAAUAAAUGCUAGCAUAGAACACUGAACUGGAUGCAUAAAAAAAAUCACAUGAAAUAAAAUCUAUAUAUAAAAAAAAACAAUAAUUGUGCAUAGAAAUUGUGAGCGCUCUGAUCAUGUAUUGUGUGUGUGUGCACAACCGAAAAGAAAAAAAAAAAACAAGAAAAAUCAAUUGAAAGCGAAUUGUGGGAAAAGUGUUUAUAUAUUUGGUAAAAUGAUUUGGCUACGAGGCCCGCCCCUCAAAUAAUUAUGGUAAUUAUUGAAGAAAGACCUAAAGUCAAUAACAAGAAUAAACAAAUAAAUAAUAAAUGAAUAAAUUGUUUGCAAUUUGUAAGCGAAAAA